GCAGGUAUUCGGAUUUUUGAAAACGCUUUCUGAUUGUUGAUUAUUAUGGGUCGGAGAGAAAAAGUGAAAAAAGAUGGAGAAGCGGACGAUUUUGAAUCCGACUCUGAUGAAGGAGGUGCACCGAAGGUGAUCAAGAACGCUGUUGAUCUCCAACGACUCAAGCUCGACAAACUCAUGGCAAAACCGGACAAACCGGUUCACAUCCCAGACCAGAGGAAAGAGAAGAAAUUUUCAGAACCUCCAGAGUUCAUACGGAAUGUGAUGGGUUCCAGUGCGGGUGCGGGCAGUGGAGAGUUUCACAUUUACCGACACAUUCGGAGGCGGGAAUACGCUCGACAGCAACAUUUGGAUUCUUUGAGUGAAAAGGUUUGUCGACCGGAAUCACAUUCUCGUCAA